AUGACCCACUGCUACAAUGUCCCACCUCCUGAAAAUGUUGCAGGAGGUGGUGAUGGCACCCAUCACCAAGAUGGCCGAGAGAGUAGCAGGGCGUUCAACUGGCGGGAUGAGAUUAUGGAGGAUAAGAAUGUGACCAGAAUCUCGACAAUCUGCCUCUUAGGAUUUCAGACUCCAGAAAAAGUUAAACUUUUGGUAUUUUUUCUUUUUCUUAUAACUUAUUGCGUUACUUUCUGUGGGAACCUCCUGAUCAUUACGCUGGUGUCCUACAGCAAAACCCUCCAAUCUCCCAUGUACUUCUUCCUCUCCCACCUCGCUAUGUCAGAUAUCUUGCUCGCAACCACAAUUCUUCCAAAUACAAUGCAAGUGGUGUUGAUGAAAGAUACAGUAAUACUAUUUUCUGCCUGCAUCACCCAGUUUUAUUUUUUUUGUGUUGCAGAAAUGGUGGACAGUCUUCUCCUGACAGUGAUGUCUUACGACAGAUAUUUGGCCAUCUGUAAACCAUUGCAUUAUAAUUUGUUAAUGAGCCACCGAUGUUGUUGUGUAUUGGUUGUUACCUGUUGGACUUUAAGCUUUAUAAUUGUGCUGGUACAUCCUUUUGCCAUGUACAGAUUACAACUUUGUGGUACCAACACUGUUGACCACUUUUUCUGUGAUCUUGAUCCAAUUCUUGAACUGUCCUGCUCUGAUACUGCUAUCGUUCAACUACAAGUAAAACUGUUGAGUGUCCUUCUUGUUGUUAUCCCAUUUCUAAUCAUCAUUGUAUCCUAUGUUUAUAUUAUAGUCACCAUUGUUAAAAUAAGUUCUAUUAAUGGAAGGCAGCAAGUUUUCUCAACAUGCAGCUCUCACCUGACUGUUGUCUCCAUCUAUUAUGGCAGCCCAGCUUUUGUUUAUUUGGUACCCAGUAGAGGAUCAUCCUGGAACAUCACUAAAUUUCUAUCAAUGCUGUACACUAUAGCCUGCCCGCUGAUUAAUCCACUUGUAUACACGUUAAGGAAUAAAGACCUGAAAAAAGUUGCUAAACAUGGUUUAAGUAAACUUUGGAAUGGGCAUUUUAGUUGGAGAUGA